AAGCGCCUGUGGAAUAAGACACUUAAGUGAUCCGGUGUACUGACGCGACACUUUGUUUGGACAAUUACAACAAUAUUUCUACUAUAACCUCAGAAAGUGUGGUUUUGUUCCGCAGCUCGGACUUUGUGGGGGAAAGGCUUUUUUAUUUCUGGCCGUGUGUAUAUUCCGCUGUUUGUGGCGCUCCGGUGAACCAGCUGAUCCGGGUGAAAUUCAACCUCCAGGACUUUUUUUUUUUUGGGCAACUAACUAAAAGAAAAGUGACCAUGGCAGAGACGUCGGCAACUCCAGCCAAAACCAAAAAGGCAUCCAAGCCCAAGAAACCUGCCUCUCAUCCCAAAUACAUAGACAUGAUCAAAGCGGCGAUCGUUAACGACGCCGGACGGAGCGGCGCGUCCCGUCAGUCCAUCCAGAAGUACGUGAAGAAGAACUACAAGGUGGGCGAAAACGUCGAUGUGCAGAUUAAACUGGCUCUGAGGAGGCUGGUUGCAUCUGGGAUGCUGCGCCAAAUCAAAGGUAUCGGCGCGUCCGGAUCCUUCAGGCUGGUUAAACCAGAGGACUCCAAAAAAACAAGCAAGCCAGCGGUGACAGCCAAACCAAAGAAGGCAGCGAAGCCCACCAGACCCAAGAAGGCGGCCAAACCCAAGAAGGCGGUCAAGACGCCGGAGAAGCCCAAGAAAGCAGCUGCAAAGAAAGUGAAAAAGGCCGUGAAAAAGGCGACACCAACGAAAGCAAAGAAGGCACCAGUUAAGAAAGCCAAGGCAGCCAAACCUAAGGCAAAACCAGUAAAGAAGGCAGCCAAGCCCAAGGCAAAACCAGUAAAGAAGGCAGCCAAAGCAGGAAAAAAGAAGUGAAAAGAGAAAAGGACAAUAUGAGAGAGACAAAGUCACUGUAAAUACUUAUGGAAAUGUUUUCGUAUAUGUAUUAUUUUUGUAAGGUCUCAUGCAAACUGUUUUUACCAGUAGUUUCCUCUCCAUUGCACUAUUGCCUCUAGAUGCUGUAGAAAUAAUCGUGAGCAUUUUUAUUUGGCGUUAAUAAUAAUUCAUUUCUGUCUGAUCCUUGGAUACAAAUAGACUAGUCUAGGGUCUUGCUGAAAAAGGAGUGGGGGAAAAAAAAGAUGUAUAUACCAGUUGAACUAUUGAAUAGUUAUUGUUACUGCACGUACUGAAAAUACAAAUGUGUCAAUGGUGGGCAUUGUGGAGCCUUUACAAUGUGCAGACCAUAGGCAGUGGUCGUCAGCAAGAUUUUCCUAAAGGCUCUAUAGUUGUCAUUCAAGCUCCAUUCUGUAUAUUUCCCCAUAAUAUACAAGCAUCUCACUGUGUUCGGUCACUUUUAAAGACUGUUUAUACUACAAUUCAAUAAACCUUUGUCAUCUUCUACUAAA